CCUUUUUUUUUUUUUUUUUGGGCUCUAACUCUUCCCAGCCAAUCCAUUCGUUAUACCUGCUUCACCUUCACGGGGCUAACUGAUAACUGUUAGUAUUUGCCUGCGCAACGUGUUGAACGCCACAAUCCACAUCUAUUUCACAAAGCUUCUCUUUCCUUUUUUCGUUUCAGUAACUCAUUGGUUCAGUGGGCGAGCCCAUAAAGGCAAAAAGCAGAGUCGUUCUGCCAUUAAUGCCUUCACCGAGUUCCUGGGCCCACCUGCUCCUCCUCGUCCCUCUCUGUUCUGCGAUUAUCCCUCUCUUCUCCCGUUUCUGAUAUCAUCUUCUGGCGAUACACGCUUGAAUGUUUUUUUCGUUUCCCUCGGAUGAAAUGACCAAGAGUACGCGAGCUUCUCAGCACUCUGGCGACACCAUGACCCACCAGGAUAUGCUGAAGAAGCCCAAGCGCUUUAGCCCUCUCGAACCUACUCUGGGAGUAUUUUGCUUCUUCUUGGUCACUUCUCUCUUCAUCGUCUGCUUCUUCUACCUGGAUUUCCAGUCUAUCUUCAGGGGGCUGCACUCUGGAGUUGUUUUCCUGGGAUGGGGUACUCCAUCCUUGUCUUCUUCUUCUUCUCCAUUGAUCGGGGAUUCUCGCCCCGAAUUCCUCCACCGAGAUGGUGGUAGUUGCGACCUGUUUGAUGGAAAUUGGGUUUGGGAUGAGAGCUAUCCUCUGUAUAAUUCCACUGUUUGUUCCUUCAUGGAUCAAGGUUUUCGGUGCAAUGAGAAUGGCAGGCCUGAUAGCAUCUACACCAAGUGGCGCUGGCGGCCCAAAGAAUGCAAGUUGCCCAGAUUUGAUGCAGGGAAGAUGUUGGAAAUGUUUAGGAACAAGCGCCUUGUAUUUGUUGGUGACUCAAUUGGAAGGAACCAAUGGGAAUCACUCCUUUGUAUGCUUUCUUCUGCUAUUCAAAACAAGACUUCCGUGUAUGAGAUUAAUGGGAGUCCAAUCACAAAGCACAUAGGGUUCUUGGCAUUCAGGUUUGAAGAUUUCAACUGCACUGUGGAAUACUACAAAUCACCAUUUCUGGUGGUGCAGGGUAGGCCUCCUCCCGGAGCACCUAAGAAGGUAAAAAUGACAUUGAGAAUUGAUCUCAUGGACUGGACUUCUUACCGUUGGAGAGAUGCAGAUUUGCUCGUUCUUAAUGCUGGACAUUGGUGGAAUUAUGAGAAGACUAUAAGAAUGGGAUGUUAUUACCAAAUGGGGCAGGAAGUGAAGAUGAAUAUGACUAUGGAAGAUGCAUUCAGAAGAUCAAUGGAGACAGUAACUAACUGGAUUGCUGGUGCAGUAAACAUGAACAAGACUUAUGUCCUUUUUCGAACUUACGCUCCUGUGCAUUUCAGAGGUGGUGACUGGAAUACUGGUGGAGGCUGUCAUUUGGAAACACUACCUGAUUUAGGUCCCUUGCCCGUAUAUCAUGAUAGCCAUGUCGAAAUUGUCUUGGAUGUAUUAUCAGGGCACUUGAAUAAAUCGAAAGUGACGAAUUUGGACUUGUUAAAUAUCACUCAAAUGACAUUACGCAGAAAGGAUGCCCAUGCUUCUAUUUACUAUCUUGGACCUGAAAAGGGUACCGCCCCUUUGCGCAGACAAGAUUGCAGCCAUUGGUGCCUACCUGGUGUUCCUGAUUCAUGGAAUGAAAUUCUCUUUGCACUUCUCCUUAAACGGGAGGCAUAUCGCGCAAUAAAUUCAACAGGAGUUUCACAAGUUUCAUUGUAAUUUCUCUGGAAAGCUUGCUGAGGAAAAGAAAAAAGUACGUGGGGUUUGGCUUUGACUUUUCUUGUGGACGAUCAUCCAUGAAUUAUCGAUGGAAACAUGUCAAGGAGAAAACAGAGUGUCACGUUUUAUACUUUCCACGGCUUACACUGGCCAUCUAGUAAAACCCAAAACAAGACUCUGCGCCGUUGAAACCCAGGCCAAGAUAGUCAUACAAAUUUCAUACACGAAAGAAAUCACAGCGUAUUAAUAAAGAUUAAAAUAAAACAGGUCGUGCGGUUCCUGACGAGAUGAAUCCAAAUCCUCGGACUGCAACCUGAAAACCGAAAGCCACAGCGUUCUAAUCAUCAAACGGAUAUUGCUCAUACCUGAGAGUACAAUCACGAAGCAAGGAGCGAGCCCCAAUCCGAUUCUGACACGUCCCGAACAAGGCCGUUUUGGCAGCAGCAAGACAGGUAUUGCAGUCAGAGGUGGUGAGAUUGGUGUUACAGGAAGCAUGUCCAUAGGCAAAGGCAUUGGGAUAAGGAGAAAUGUUGGGGUAAUCGUAAGUUGUCCUCGUUGACGUCACCGUCUGGAGUUCUUGAAGAACAUAGUCUAAGCUGAUGGAGAAAGGAUCGCCGGAGGUGAAGACACCAGCGUUGCAGAGAGCGUUCAUGAGGGUGGUAUCGGGAACACACUCAGCAAUAGCCCACAGGCAUACCAUAGCAAUCGUAAUUGCUGCAUAUUUGGGCGAUGGUACCCUCUUCAUCAUCCUGUAUGGCCGAUCACAAUGAUACUUUGUUAAUCUUUCUAAGCCUAGUUCUAAGCCUAGUGCCUUGUUCCGUUGACCUAUGCAACAAUGCUAUUUGAUGCUCUGUAUUAAACCGUUGCCUUGGACAAGCUUUUUGGAGAAGUAAAUUAAUAUGUGGACAUAGUUACUUAUCAAACAUCUCAUGAUAUUGUUUAUGUUAAA